AAUCAGUCAACUUCUGUGAAAUAAAAAUUAAUUCAUAUAGAGAUUGUCUACAAAAUGGUGGAAAACUUAGUAAAGAAGAUGAAUGUAGUACUAAUUGGGCUGGUUUUGGCCACGUUACUGCGAGUAAUUAUAUUUUACACCAUUAAACAUAAUGGCUUUAAAAUAACUACUGAUGUAAUAAGUUAUUUUAUUGGUCUAACAAAUACCAUUUUCGUUAUUAUAGUCCUAUUUUGGGCCAGCUUUUUUUUAGCAUAUUUGACUGCUGAUUGGAUUGCUGUAGGAUAUAUACCUGUGCUAAUGUACGUCCUAAAUUGGACGUAUUACACAUUUUCAGAGCGACUACGGAUCCUGAGUAACAGCUAUGAUUUAUACAUGGGGGAAUUAUCCCAAAUGUGGCUAAACUACUUCAAUUACAAUGCCACGAAUUGGCCAACGCUUGAAAAGACGCUUCAAUGCUGUGGAUUGGAAGGCCCCCGAUCCUAUAUGAGUUAUUUGCAGGAGGUUCCAAAGCACUGCUAUAAUCCCGAGCUAAUUACUUUAGGUUGUAGUCAUUUAGUUCAGAACAUAUUUUACCCAAUGCAGCAAAUAGGUCUCUUGAUGUUUAGAUUGACACUUUGCUUGGAACUGAUCAUAUUAUAUAUUUAUGCGUUUAAAGUUGGCUUGACUUUCGGUUUGGAUCGCAAGGCUUCAACGUAG